CAAACAGUGUUUACCGUACAAAACAGUUGCAGUAAAACAAUCUGGCCGGGCACUCUCUCCGGCAACGGCGCAGCAGUUCUUGGAGGCGGCGGGUUUGCAUUAUCCCCCGGUGAAUUCAUGCAGUUUCCUGCCCCACCUGGGUGGUCCGGCCGCUUCUGGGCCAGAACUGGCUGCAGCUUUGGAGCCACAGGAGACGGCAAUUGCGCCACCGGGAAUUGCGGCGGCGGAUUGAAAUGCACAGGAAGUGGGGUACCUCCAGCGAGCCUCGUCGAAUUCACCCUGGCAAAUAGCAAUUCUGAGAAAGAUUUUUACGACGUCAGCCUCGUAGACGGCUACAAUCUCCCGCUCAGUGUGCGGCCAUCCGGUGGCUCUGGUGACUGCCAAUACGCAGGUUGCGUGGCUGACCUGAACAAAAGCUGCCCCACGGAGCUGCAAGUUAUUGUUUUCGGCGAAGUAGUGGCAUGUAAAAGUGCAUGCACCGCCUUUAACACGCCGGAAUAUUGUUGCACGGGCAAUCACUCGACGCCGUCAACAUGCCCUCCGACGAAUUACUCUCUAUUGUUCAAGAAUGCUUGCCCUUCUGCAUAUAGUUAUGCAUAUGAUGAUCAAUCAAGUCUACGCACGUGUUCUGGAGCAGAUUAUUUUAUCACAUUUUGCCCUUCAACCUAAUAUUUUUUAUAUCCCUACCUAAGGCACUGCAUUUUCCUCUUGUUUAUUAAUAAAAUCAAAAUAAUUAUGCAAGGGCAAAAAAAAAAAAAA